AUGAUUUCACAAUCCCCGAAGUUCAAAAUAGAAAAAAUGGCUCCUUUAAGUCAACACCAAAAAAUACUAGUUGAAGAUAUACCUUUAGAUGAUUUAACAGAAAUUGAUGAAACUAAAAUCUCAUUUAAUGAAAAUUUAAUUGUCUGUGAUUAUAAACCAUGGCAGACUGUAAUUUAAAUAAGAAAGACAAUCGAAAAAUUAAAAGGACAUUCUAAUUUAUAUUGGAUUAAUCCCAUUCUCAAUGUAGGUUUAACAAAUCCUUCUAGAUCCAUAUUAAAAAAGUCUUCUAUACAUAAAUCCAAUCUUAUUUUAAUAAGUUGA